GUUGCCGCUGUUGCGACUGUUGCUGCCACACAGUAAACAAUUGAGACUUGAACGCAGCUGUGUCGCCAGAGCAGAGCACUGCUUGGCAUCGCAAACAGGAAACAAGGAAAUCGGGAAAUGCCUUCGACCAGGCUGCUGCGCUCUGUCGCCCUGCAGGCAUGCCUGCUGUUGAUCUACAUUUGCCUGCUGCAGGCGAUCGAGCUGCAGCUGCACGAGCAACAGUUGCAGCAACAACUGCUAGAUGAGCAGCUGCGCUUGCAUCAGCAGCAACAGUUGCUGAAGCAACAGCGCGAACAGCAGCUACAGCAGCGCCGCUACUCGUCGACCACAUCGACGCGCAAACCCUAUAUCAUACCGCAGGGCCUGUCGCUGCCCCAACGAGGCGUUUAUCCAGAAAAAUGCCUCCGGGAAGUGCCAGCUGUUUUCUUUCAGUACGACAAAGAGCUGAAGAUCGUGGGCAAUAGCUCGACCAAUCCGUACUUCAAUGUCAUCGAGGUCUGCUGCAAGGGCUGGCGGCGAUACGAGUACGAUUGGUCCAGAUGUGUGCCGGAUUGUGGAGAGCGUUGCAGGGAGAAUGGCUUCUGUUUGCCCGGUGGCCGGUGCCAGUGCUUCUCGGACUUCGUGCUCAACUAUCGCAACGAGUGUGUGCCCACCUGUCCGCUGGGCUGCCCGCAUGGCCAGUGCUACUUGAAUGGCACCUGUCGCUGCGAGCGAGGCUACGAGCUGGAUGGCUCGAAGCGCUUCUGCCAGCCGCAGUGUAACACCACCUGCGGCCACAACGAGAUCUGCCUGGAGCCGGGCAAAUGCGUCUGCGCCGAGGGCUAUGCGCGAGGCCUCAGGGAGUCGAAUGCCCUGGGCUGCCAGCCCAUGUGCAUUCCCGACUGUGGCUACGGCCACUGCGUGGCACCCAAUCAAUGCGAAUGCUUUCCGGGCUAUCAUAAGCGCAUGAAUCGCAGCUCCUGCGAAAUCAAUUGCUAUAUGCGCUGCGAGAACGGCUUCUGUGCGAACCAAACGACCUGCGUGUGCCAGAAUGGAUACCGUUACGAUCACAAUACGACCAGCUGUUUGCCGGACUGUGGGGACGACUGCCGUAACGGGGUCUGCGUCUCGCCGGGCAACUGUCGCUGCUUCAAUGGCUAUGUGCGCAAUCGCGAGCGAUGCGAUGCCGUGUGUGAUCGCGGCUGCGGCUUCUACGGCCGUUGCAUAGCGCCAAAUGUUUGCGGCUGUGCGAUCGUUGCAGGCCCCGAGGAGAGCUAUCAACGGUGCGAGAACGGGUAUUGCAAUGCGGAAGGUCAUUGCCGUUGCCUGGAGGGCAAGACGCGAUUCAUAGACAAAUGCAUGUCGCCGGAUACGGUGACCACCUACGCCUCCAUCAAUCCGCUGCGAGUGAAUGCGUCGCUGAUGCACGAGUUCCAGCUGCUGCUGGGCAGACACUUUAUACUGGGCUCUCCCGACAUGCUGGAGACCAACAGAUGGUGGGACUAGUAACAUAUAUAUAAAUAUAUAUGCAUACAUAUGCUGAA